AUGAAAGAAGAGCGGAGCGGCGGCCCUCACCUUCCCCGAAUCCGACCAAGCAUUCCUAACCCCCCACCUUCCCCCUCAACCCCCUCCCCUCAACCCACCAGCCCCCUCCCCUUCACGACCCUCACCUUCGCAACCUCCCUGGACUCCUCUCUCGCGCUGGCCCCAGGCGCCCGCACUGCCCUCUCCGGCCCGCAAUCCAAAUCCAUGACCCACUACCUGCGGUCCCGCCACGACGCCAUCCUCAUCGGCGUCGGCACCGCCAUCGCCGACAACCCGGGCCUGAACUGCCGCAUCGCCGGCGUGGGCGGCUACGGCGGCGAGGGCCUCACGCGACAACCUCGUCCGAUCGUGAUCGACCCGACCGCCCGCUGGGAUCUCACCGCGGACUCGAAGAUCCUGGCCCUCGUGCGGUCCAACCAAGGUCUGGCGCCGUUCAUCAUCACAAGCACGCGGUGCACACCUCCCACAGCCGAGAAACAAGCCCUCCUAGAGAGCCAUGGCGGGAAGUACAUCGCGCUGGACCCAGUGUCACAGCCCCACGAUGACGAGGAGAGGGAGGAGGGGAGGGAGGGAGCGAGCCACCGGAUGGACUGGACGGCGGUGCUAUCCUGUCUGCGAUCGCAGGGGCUCCGCAGCGUGAUGAUCGAGGGGGGCGGAUCGAUUAUUAACUCGUUGCUGGGGCCGCGGGCGCAGGGACUGAUUGACUCGGUGGUGGUGACGAUUGCGCCGACGUGGCUGGGGCGCGGCGGGGUGGUGGUUUCGCCGGAUCGCAGGGUCGAUGGGCACGGGGUUGCGAUUCCCGCGUCCAGGUUGACGGAUGUGAAGUGGUAUCCGCUGGGCGAGGAUGUGGUGCUUUGUGGGAGGAUUAAGGAUCUUUAGGUUUUGUUCAGUAUGGUGGGUAUGGCUUUUGCGGUGCUACUGUAAUAAUGAGAGCUAUUAAAUUGAUAGUGGUAAAUGGUGUAUAGGGUGGUAACUGGCAAUGUGGAAAUCAUGUGCAGUACAAUACCAGGUAGUGUGGAAGUUCGUUUUAGAUAGGAGCAUUUUUACGGCUGGUCUGAAGUAUAGCAUGGCAAGAUGCUAUUCAGUAUGACCAUAAAU